UCAGGAGCUUAUAAUCACUUUCAUCACUCUAAUAUCUCUCUCUGCGCGCACACAAAAAAAUCACAAAAAAUCAAAUCUAUGGCGUCCUUGUAACAGAAGGAAACCCAUCCCUCAAUUUUCCUGUAAACAAAUCAGAAAAAUGGUGUCGGCACUAUCACCGCCUGUGAUUGCUCAAUCGCAUUAUCCUCGCCGCUUAUCUACGACGGGAAUAUUGCACAGUAAAUACAUUUCAAACUGCUCGAUCAACCGACCAAUCUCCGUUAAAUUUGGAGUGAAACAAGCGAUAUCAGGUCUUGCAGCAUCAGUAAUAUUGCUAUCUCAGCCGAAUCUGGCAAGUGCAACGAAUCUUUCUCCCGACAAUAUAUGCCAGCUGGCAAGUGCUACAGACAACUAUCCGAGUCUUCCUUUGGACAGUGAUGAAGGAAAUGGAAUGAUGAUGAUGACGAUGAAGGGCAUGACUGCAAAGAACUUCGAUCCAGCCAGAUAUGCCGGAAGAUGGUUCGAAGUAGCUUCCCUUAAACGUGGCUUCGCUGGUCAAGGUCAAGAAGAUUGCCACUGCACUCAGGGCGUAUAUACAUACAAUAUGGAGAAACCUGCCAUACAGGUUGAUACAUUUUGUGUUCACGGAGGACCGGACGGUUAUAUUACAGGUAUAAGGGGAAGGGUUCAAUGCAUUUCCGAAGAAGAUAAGGAUAUGAAAGAAACUGACCUAGAAACGAAGGACACGUUCAAGCAGAAGUGUUACCUUCGAUUUCCCACUUUGCCCUUCAUUCCCAAAUUGCCUUACGAUGUAAUAGCGACCGAUUACGACACUUACGCCCUUGUUUCUGGAGCUAAGGACAAAGGUUUUAUACAGAUAUACUCGAGGACGCCUACUCCUGGAACAGAAUUCAUCGAGAAGUACAAAAAUUACUUAGCGGAUUUCGGGUACGAUCCUAGCAAAAUCAAAGAUACCCCACAAGACUGUGAGGUGAUGUCGAAUAGCCAGCUGGCGUCAAUGAUGUCAAUGUCCGGUAUGGAACAAGCUCUGACAAAUCAAUUUCCCGAUUUGGAACUGAGACGGGCUGUUCAGUUUAAUCCGUUCACGAGUGUCUUCGAAACUCUGAAGAAGCUUGUUGAGCUUUAUUUCAAGUAGAGAGUACUCUUUCUUCUGUGUGAUUUCAAGUAUGUAUGUACGUAUAUUUUGUAAAUGAUGCACAAAUAGUAGCAUCUAUGGAGGAAAAAUAAUAAAUAUCUCAUUCUCUG